AUGUUGUCCUUAGAUUAUCUAUGUCUGUUUGGUAAUAUUUUACUUAUUUGUAUCUCAUUAACUAAGACCGUUUCUUUGGAUGGUAUCUGUACGAAUACUAAUGAAUGUACUGAUAUUGGUCCGAUUUGUCGUAAUGGAAGAUGUCAAUGUGAUACACCUUGGUAUACACCAUGUGGUACAAAAUGUGAUAUAAAAGCCGUAUUUGUCUACGAAGGAGAAGAGUGUCGAAUUAAUGACAAUUGUAUUCCUAAUGCUGUAUGUGCUGACGUUGAAAAACGAUGUCGAUGUCAAUCAAGUUAUACAGCUUUAAAUGGACUAUGUUAUAAAAGUUUAAAUACAUCAUGUUCAACUCCAAGUGAAUGUUGGUCUCGAGAUUGUCGUGAUGGAUUAUGUAAAUGUCGUCUUGGCUUUGUACCAAGAGGAGAUAAUAACCGAUGUCAAAGAAAACUUGCUAGAAUCUAUUCGAAUUGGGCUGAAGCUAAUGCAUCAAAUGAUUUUUGUUAUGAAUUAAAUGAAAAUCCUUGUAUUGAUAUUCAUGCAAUUUGUCAAAAUGAUGGUCAACAUGUGGAAAAAUUUUGUCAAUGUCCAUUAAAUUAUACUGCUAAUUAUCAAAAUCAAGAAUGUCAAUUAAAACAAUAUAGUGGAUCAUUAUCACCUUCAACUACAUCAUUGCCAAAUGAUGAUUGUGGUACAUGUAGAGAUGAACUUGCUGUAUGUGUUCAUGUUGGUAAUCAAACAACAUGUUGGUGUCAAGCUGGUCUUAUUAAUACGAAUGAUAGAUGUGAAAGAUAUCAUUUGAAUUUUGUUUUUCCAAACGAAUACGAUAUAAAUCAACAUCAAUAUACUCUUAAUUGUUCAAGUUAUGAUAAUGAUACAAAAAUUGUACAGAAUGGUUUAUGUAUAUGCAAACCUGGCUAUAAAUUUGUUGAUGCAAGAUCACCUUGUCAACGUAUUAUACCAAUAUGGGAAAAUGAUAAUUUUGAGUAUGGUGUAUGUACACGUAUAGAUUCAAAUGGUCAACAUAUACCAGAAAAUGGUUUAUGUCCUUGGCCAUUAACUUGUCAACCACGACAAGAUAAAUAUGUGUGUUCAUGUGAUCAUAAUAAAUAUUUAGAUGAAAAUAAUAAUACUUGUUAUUAUUUCUUGGAAAGAGAUUUGACGAAUCCGAACGAUAAAAAUUGUCCACCAGGGGCAACCCUUGAUAAUGGACAAUGUCGAUGUUUACCGAUUGGUAAAUAUACGGUAUCCAGCGAUAAGAAACGAUGUGAACUUACGUUAGCUUCUAGAGACAUUGACUCGGGAUGUAUUAGCAAUGGAGGAUUUGACGAUGACUGUAAGAGAUUAUAUGGUACCAAUACAAAAUUUUGUAAAGCAGGAGAAUGUCAAUGUAUACCUGAUCAAUCAUACUACGACAAUGGCAGAUGUGUUACAUAUCUCAGCGCUAAUCCUGGAAAUAAUGGUUCUUGUCCAAUCAACACAAAAAACAAUGAUAAUCCAUGUACAUGUAAAGAUGGAUAUCGAGCUGAGAAACGAAAAUCUAAUUAUCUAUAUGAAUUAACAAAUAUUCCAUCACAAGGUAUUUAUUCUGACGUAACAAUAGACGAUUGCAAAGCAUUGUAUCUUAAUGCACAUCUCAUUGUUCGUAACAAUGCAUGUAUAUGCGAGAAUGGUACAUUUUCAAAUGGUACAACAUGCGUUUUCUAUCUAUCGUAUACUCCUCUUCCUACAAACGGCCCCAGUUUACACUGUCCGCCGCUUGCUCUUCCUUCUUCCGGAACAUGUACAUGUCUAAGUGGCUACAAAAAUGCCGGUAAUAACCGUAAUUGUGUACCAUUGACAGAUACAGUUUACGAAUAUAGUACUACAAAUGGCGUAAAUGUUCCAGGAUUAACAACGACAGGAUGUCGAAGAUUGUUUGGAAAUGCUGUAGAUAUAAUACCGAAUGAUAGUUAUUGUAGAUGUGCAAAUUCAAGUUUUGCCUUUUGGGAAAAUCAAAGAUGCUAUUUUCUUGUUGAAACAAAUCAAUCAAUGAGUACUACUUUAGAUAAUUGUCCACCGACUUCUAUAGUAGGUAAUCAAACUUGCAACUGUCCUCGAGGAUAUCAACCAAUUGAAUCCAAACGAAGAUGUGUACGAAAACCAAUCUAUUCUUCAAAUCUUCAAGCUAUUGAUACAACAAAUUUUACAAUGUUAUGUAAUGAGACAUAUACUAAUGAUGAUUGUGAAGGUUUACAUGGUAAAGGUGCUGUUUGUCAUAAUUUUACUUGUUAUUGUGAUCGAGCACGAAGUUUUGUUGUUGGUGAUCGAUGUGAAUAUUUUUCACAAUUUGUAUUUCCUGGUUUACAUGAACGUUAUUCACGAACAUGUAAUAGACAAGAAGAUUGCGGUUCUGAUUCAGAUCAAAAUGGAAUUGAAUGUGACUUUAUAAAUAAUACUACUGACAAAUAUAGAGUAUGCAAAUGUAAAUCAGAGUAUUUCUUAAAUCCAAUUGAUGGAACAUGCGUUAAACGUCAAUGUUAUCCACAAUGUUCAGAUAAUGCAGAUUGUGUAAAUUACCAAUGUAUUUGUAGAGUUGGAUAUUAUCGAAAUUCUUCUGGACGCUGCGAUCUCAUUGGAACACCAUUAAUACUUCAUGAGAAAUGUAACUCUACAGUCUGGUCUGGAUUAAAUUCUAUCAAUAAUGGACUUUUCUGUUCUUCAACUUGUGAACGAACUCAGUGUGCAGACGGUUAUCGUGAUACUGGUUUACAAUGCGCAAGAAUUAGUUUUAAUGAUUAUUGUGUACAUAGUAAAACUCGAUGUACUCAAUUUAGCCCUAAUUCUCUCUGUCAAGAAGAUGAUAAUAAAUGUGCUUGUUUGCCUGGUCAUUAUGAAACUAAUGGUAAUAUAAUCUGUGCUCGAGCUAUUAAUAGUCCUUGUCUUAAUCAUGCAGAUUGUGGUGAUCUUGGUCAAUGUCUUGGUAGUCGAUGUCGAUGUAGACCAGGUAAUAGAGAACAAGAAACUUCUGAUUUAUAUGGACGAAGAAUUAUACGUUGUGUUAAUGGUGGUGAUCAAAUACAAUUCAGUGUGAUUUCAUUAUUAUUCUUUAUAUUUGUUCGUUUAUUCUUUAUAUAA